AUGCUGACAAAAUUCAAUCAAGCAUAUUCAGAAUUAAUCGGGAAACUACCUCCUUCACUAGAAAAUGAAGCUUGGAAACAUCUUAUUUCUAGAAAGCGAAAUCCAAUAACAGAAGAGGACGCUAGUACCAUUAACCCCUUAAUAGAAUUAUUUUUGAAUCACGAACAAUAUGAAGAAUAUUAUAUUCCAUAUAAUUGGAUAGAAUCUAAAAAGAGUCAAUUGCGGUCUAGAUUCCAACAGCGACUUUUAGAAAUAGAAGUGUAA